GAUGGGCGGCACUGAUGGGCGGCACUGAUGGGCGGCACUGAUGGGCACAACCCCUGGGCACUGACUGGUGGCACUGACUGGCAGCACUGUGGGUGCACUGCUGGGCGGAACUUGCGGGUGUCACUGCUGGGCACCGAUCAUCAGGGCACUGAUCAUCAGUGCCCUGAUGAUCGGUGCCAAUCCCCGCUCUGACAACUGCCGGUUCUCGGCAGUACUUUCCUCACGAUCUGACAGCGUGAGGAAAGUGCAGCCGAGAACCGGCACUUGCAUUUCCCUGUGAUCAGCG